CCAGCCCUGGGCUCAGCCAAGCUCCAACCCUGCAGCAGCAGUCUCCAGCACCUUCCAGGCUUUGAUCAAGAGAGCUGAGCAUCAAGGGAGGGAGGAUGCGACAUGACCUGCCCUUUGGCAACCUGACCACAUAUCUUUACUGCCACCCUGCCACCAAGUCUUGGAGAGCCAGCUGGAGCUGAGGACAGCAGCACCAAGUCCUUGCCAGCCUCACUGAUGUGUGUGUGUGAGAGAAAGGGUGUGUGUGUCCAGCUAGCCUGCUUGCCUGUCUGUGUCCGCAUGAGUCCUGGAGUGCACGGGUGAGUGGGGUUUGCAUGUAUCUCUGCUCUCCUGCUUAUUAUUUUGGGAGAGAAAAAUCAUCUUGGCUAUCUAGGGCAGCUUCCCGUGCUAGCAACCGAGGUUGGCGUGGCAUCUUCUGCAAGAGAAGCUCAACAGAACCAAGCUGCUAGAGACAUUUUUCUUUUUCCUUUCCUCCCUGCAAGCAAAGAGAAUUUUUCCUCCCAGCACCAGAGGGAUUUUUUUUUAAUUAUUAUUAUUUUUUUUUUUGUGGUGCCAGGGCUCUCUGCAGCUGAGUGAGAGAUUAGCCCCUAAACCUGUGAAAUCGAGCUGAGCCGCGUGAUUGCACUAGGAUUGGGGAAGAAAAAGGAGAAAUAAAUCCGGCUGCCUGUCAGUGCCUUGGGCCACGUUGGAAGAUGACAUCUCAAAUUAAGUUCAAGAAAGACAAAGAGAUCAUCACGGAAUAUGAAGCCCAAAUCAAAGAGAUCCGCACGCAGCUGGUGGAGCAGCUCAAAUGCCUGGAGCAGCAAUCAGAGUCCCGGCUGCAGCUACUGCAGGACCUGCAAGAAUUCUUCCGUCGCAAGGCCGAGAUUGAACUCGAGUACUCGAGGGGCCUGGACAAGCUCGCUGAGCGUUUCUCCUCCAGGAUCCGCAGCUCCCGGGAACAUCAGUUCAAGAAAGACCAGCACCUCCUCUCGCCCGUCAGCUGCUGGUACCUUCUUCUGCACCAGACGAGGCGGGAGAGCCGUGACCACGCCACCCUCAAUGACAUCUUCACCAACAACGUCAUUGUGCGCCUGGCGCAGAUCAGUGAGGAUGUCAUCCGGCUCUUCAAAAAGAGCAAGGAAAUUGGGCUGCAGAUGCAUGAGGAACUGCUGAAAGUCACCAAUGAACUCUACACGGUCAUGAAAACCUACCACAUGUACCACGCUGAGAGUAUAAGCGCCGAGAGCAAACUGAAGGAGGCCGAGAAGCAGGAGGAGAAGCAGUUCACAAGGGCAGGAGAGCUGGGAAUGAGCUUGUUGCGACAUGAGGACCGGCCCCAGAGACGGAGCUCCGUGAAGAAGAUAGAAAAGAUGAAGGAAAAGAGACAGGCAAAGUAUUCGGAGAACAAGCUCAAGUGUACCAAGGCCCGAAACGACUAUUUACUCAACCUCGCAGCCACCAACGCAGCCAUCAGCAAAUAUUAUAUCCAUGAUGUCUCGGACCUCAUUGACUGUUCUGACCUGGGCUUCCACGCCAGCCUGGCCCGCACUUUCCGGACCUACCUCUCCGCUGAGUACAACUUGGAGACGUCCCGCCACGAGGGCCUGGAUGCUGUGGAGAGCGCAGUGGACAACCUGGACUCGCGGAGUGACAAACAUGCACUGAUGGACAUGUGCAACCAAGUCUUCUGCCCACCUCUCAAGUUCGAGUUCCAGCCCCACAUGGGGGAUGAGGUUUGCCAAGUGAGCGCACAACAGCCCGUGCAGACCGAGUUACUCGUACGUUACCACCAGCUGCAAUCCAGGCUAGCCACGCUCAAGAUCGAGAAUGAGGAGGUACGAAAGACCCUGGACGCCACCAUGCAGACACUGAGGGACAUGCUGACUGUGGAGGACUUUGACGUGUCCGACGCCUUCCAGCACAGCCGCUCCACCGAAUCCAUCAAGUCGGCCGCCUCCGAGACUUACAUGAGCAAGAUUAGCAUCGCCAAGCGCAGGGCCAACCAGCAGGAGACAGAGAUGUUCUAUUUCACGAAGUUCAAAGAGUUUGUGAAUGGAAGCAACCUCAUUACCAAACUGCAGGCCAAGCAUGAUUUACUCAAGCAGACUUUGGGGGAAGGGGAGCGAGCUGAAUGUGGCACCACCAGGCCCCCGUGCCUCCCCCCUAAGCCACAGAGAAUGAGGAAACCUAGGCCUCUCUCACUGUGUAGCCAUAAACUAUUUAACGGCUGUAUGGAAGAGUUCAUUAAGGACUCGGGCCAGGCCAUCCCACUGGUGGUAGAGAGCUGCAUCCGUUACAUCAAUCUGUACGGUCUCCAGCAACAAGGCAUCUUCCGUGUGCCCGGCUCCCAGGUGGAGGUCAACGACAUCAAGAACUCCUUUGAGAGAGGUGAAGACCCCUUGGUGGACGACCAGAACGAGCGAGACAUCAAUUCUGUCGCUGGAGUUUUAAAACUCUAUUUCCGAGGCCUGGAAAAUCCACUCUUUCCUAAGGAAAGGUUUCAAGAUUUGAUAUCAACCAUAAAGCUGGAGAGCCCAGCCGAACGGGUGCACCAGAUCCAGCAGAUCCUUGUCACGCUGCCCCGUGUGGUCAUUGUGGUCAUGCGUUACCUCUUCGCCUUCCUCAACCACCUCUCGCAGUACAGUGACGAGAACAUGAUGGACCCCUACAACCUCGCCAUCUGCUUCGGGCCCACCCUCAUGCACAUCCCCGAUGGCCAGGACCCCGUGUCCUGCCAGGCACAUGUCAACGAGGUCAUCCAGACUAUCAUCACCCACCACGAGGCCAUCUUCCCCAGCGCCCGGGAGCUCGAGGGCCCUGUAUACGAGAAGUGCAUGGCCGGUGGGGAGGAAUACUGUGACAGUCCACACAGCGAGCCAGGUACCAUUGAUGAGGCCGACCACGACAAUGGCACGGAGCCUCACACAAGUGACGAAGAGGUGGAGCAGAUUGAAGCCAUUGCCAAGUUUGACUACGUGGGCCGUUCGCCCCGAGAGCUGUCCUUCAAGAAGGGAGCAUCCCUGUUGCUGUACCACCGUGCCUCGGAGGACUGGUGGGAGGGCCGGCACAAUGGUGUGGAUGGUCUCAUCCCCCACCAGUACAUCGUGGUGCAGGACAUGGACGAUGCCUUCUCCGACAGCCUGAGCCAGAAGGCGGACAGUGAGGCCAGCAGCGGACCCCUGCUGGAUGACAAGGCGUCGUCCAAGAAUGAUCUACAGUCCCCGACGGAGCAUAUCCCCGACUAUGGCUUCGGGGGUGUGAUGGGCCGAGUGCGGUUGCGAUCAGACGGAGCGGCCAUCCCCAGGCGUCGAAGUGGGGGCGACACGCACAGCCCACCCCGGGGUCUGGGUCCCAGCAUAGACACACCUCCCCGGGCUGCUGCCUGCCCCAGCAGCCCCCACAAAAUCCCCCUCAGCCGGGGACGGAUGGAGAGCCCCGAGAAGCGGAGGCUGGCAACAUUUGGGAGCACCGGCAGCAUUGGCCAUCCUGCAAGGCCCGCAUGCAGCUCAACCAGGCAUAGCAGCCUGGGCGACCACAAGGCUUUGGAGGCGGAGGCCCUGGCAGAAGACAUCGAGAAGACCAUGAGCACGGCAUUGCAUGAGCUACGUGAGCUGGAGAGGCAGAACACAGCCAAGCAAGCACCCGAUGUGGUGCUGGACACACUGGAACCACUCAAGAACCCUCCUGGCCCUGCCAGCUCAGAGCCAGGCAGCCCGCUGCACACCAUAGUCAUUAGGGACCCUGAUGCCGCCAUGCGUCGCAGCAGCAGCUCUUCCACUGAGAUGAUGACUACAUUCAAGCCGGCGCUGUCAGCCCGGCUGGCGGGGGCACAGCUGCGUCCACCCCCGGUGCGGCCUGUGAAGCCUGCGGUGCAACAUCGCUCCAGCAGUUCCAGCAGCUCUGGUGUGGGCAGUCCAGCCGUGACCCCCACGGAGAAAAUGUUCCCCAGUGGCACCACAGACAAGUCAGGCACUAUGUGACAGGCCGGGGCAGUGGCAGGCCCUGCUCCUAGGCUGGGGGUGCCCAGGUCAUCUCCCUGCCCUCCUCUGGGCCUCUGGGGGUGGUGGACACAGGGCUGUGUGUAGCUUGGGGUCCACGGUGCCCCUCACAGCUCAGGGUCAGCCAGGUGAACCCCAAGGGUCUCCCACUCCAGAGGGGUUACCCAGCCACCACCCCCCCCAACCCCUGCUUUCUGGGAUCUGGCCAGCAGGGCUGCGGGGUCACUGGAAAAAUAGCUGCUGCCGACCUUCUCUCCAUCAGGAGUGGGCGCACGCACAAGUUGUGUGCGUGGGGACACAUGUUGUGUGUGCGCGUGACUAUGUGGUGCCGGUGUGUCCUGCGUACACACGCAUGCGUGUCUGUAAGGUGUGUGUGUGUAUAUAUAUAUAUAUUUAUGCAUCUCUAUACAUAUAUUAGACCUGGAUACGCGCAUACUUAAA